ACCAGGGCUGACCUAGAAGCUACUAGGACGAACUCAAAAAUUGAGCGGUUUUCAUGAAGCGACGAUACAACUCAAGUUAAGGUCAAUUGUAAUCAACUGUCAUCAUCCACUGCCAAAGAAACCUAGGAAAGGCCACCGUUUUCAUGAGAGACGACAAAAGCCAGGACAGCCUUUGUUUUUAGGACCAUGGGAUUGCAUUGUUUGGUGUUACUGAUUCUCCUGGGUCAGCCUUUUGUUAUACAGUCUGUUUUUCAACAGGUAGAUGUGCUUUGUGAUCAUAAAAGCAAUGUAACAACAGCAUGCCUUCUUGAUGAUUCCUGCCGUUGGAAAGCUGACUUAGCAUCUUGUCACACUUUACAGAUGCACUGCAUUGACAACAAUGUUUGGGAAAGUGACACAUUCUGUACUUCAAGUAAAGAAUGUGGAUUCUCAAAUUUUCCAGACUUUCUUAUCGGCAUUGCAGACUGUGAAAUCACAAAAGACAAAAACAAACAUGAAAUUAAAUGUCAGCUCAAUGUGGAAUGUGGACUUGCAAAGCACAUCUGUGCGACUCCAAAAGAAUGCCACUGGAAUCCCAAUGAGCAGUUCAAGGAAAUCAGUGAUGCACGAUGCGUCCUUCAGCAUGAUGUGAGCCACUGCAUCAAAGUGAAUCCAAAACUGAACUUGACAGAAGACCUAAACUGCACCAUAACAUCUUCAAAAAACCACCCAAACAGUGCAAAAGACAUUGGAGGUCAGUGUGACAACAAGCCAUCAGAGGGACAAAGUCAUGGAUGUAUCACAAGCAUUGCAUUCAAUGUAAUACUUGGGAUUAUUGUGAUAAUGACUCUCACUCUCACAAUAUGGUGUAAAAGGGUAGGUACUUUGUAUUGUCAUUUCCUUCACAAAUUGAUGGGUUAAUUUAGUACUUUUGCCUCUGUUGUGAUUGCUUACGCUUCCAUCAAACAUUCCGUGCAAUGCAUUUUUAUUCUAGUUUGAAAAAAAUAUAUUCAUGUGUGUAUUUGUCAGAUAAUACUCUAAAUGCUUUUAAGUGCUCACCUCUAAACUGACUUUAUAUAUUGGUUUCCUUUUAGAUGAAUCAAAGGAGAGGCCAAGAGAGGCCAAGAACAUAAUAUUAAUACAAAUCAGUUUUUGUAAUUGGCAAAAAGCUCAGCUGGGUACAGGUUUAUUGAUAGUAAUGUUUUUUUUUUUGUUUGUUUUUUUCUGCAUAGUAUUUCCUCUCUCUCAUCUUAUUGGUUAUGAGUAAAAUUAGCGAGAGCUCCACCUCCCGGAUGUUUGCGUUACAGUGCUCUCAGUUAAUCCAAAAUGUUAAUAAACCUCAAGAAAGUACAUUUGCAUUUAAGAAAGUAAAAGUGAAGUUGUGUUUU